AUCUCCUCACCAGGAUGAACUGCUUGGUUUCUUGGCAGCUACUGCUUUUCCUCUGUGCCACCUCCUUUGGACAGCCAUUGGAAAAGGUGGCACCUGCGGAGAAUCCUAGACCCACAGGCCAGCGGCUCAGACCCCUGGGCCUCCUGGCCCGCUGGGAGCAGAGCCCGAGGUGUGCAGAGAGGAGACUCCCCACUGUGGGGCUCAGCCCUCGGGAGGCCCCGCUGUGCCCGCCCCCUGAGAGCUCCACAGGGCCCCAGCGGCCUGGCCUCUGUGCCCCUCGCAGCCGCCUGAUCACCGCACCGCGGGGCGCGGUGCUGGUGCAGCGGGAGAAGGACCUGUCCGCCUACAACUGGAACUCCUUCGGCUUGCGCUACGGCAAGCGGCAGACAGAACCCGGAAGCCGCGGCGACCGCGCUGGGCGGGGCUGAACGCGCAGGUGCCGACCUUGAACUUCCAACCCGGAAUGAGGGGUUGGAGCCCGCUGAGACUGGGGCGGGCACACAGGGAACCUCAAGCGAGACUGGA